GCCGGCUCCUCUGAUGGGACAAUCCAGCUACUGGCCGCUGCCGUGAAGAACCUGACUGUUGCCUCCGUCCACAAUAAACCAAACGCCAACUUACUGAGUCGUAUUUGUACGCCGCGGGAUUUACCUGAGUAUUCUGGAGAUCCACUUGAGUGGCUGCAUUUUAAGAAGGCGUACGAAGAGUCAACAGACGUGUGCAACUUUAGUCCAAAAGAAAACCUCUGGAGGCUGCGAAAGUGUCUGCGCGGAGCUGCCAAGGAAACCGCAUCAGCUCUGCUCAUGAGUGCUGCUUCACCUGAACGCAUAAUGGCUACAUUGGAGCUACGUCACGGUGACCCGGAAUGCAUAAUUAGCAAACUCGUGCAGGAUAUUAGAAAGCUGCCGCCUAUGUCUUCAGAGUACCAAAAAGAUAUUAUAAACUUUUCCGUAAAGAUACAAAACUUCGUCGAAGCCGUGAAAGUGGUGGGACGCGAAGAGUACGUCCAGGGACUAAGUAUUGUCCCACUACUCAUAUCUAAACUUCCCACAGUGCUCGUGUCUAAGUGGUCAGAUUUUAGUUACCCGUUAAUCAAAGCCGGAACUAAAUCACGCUUAAGCAUUAUGUCCGAUUUUCUAAAUACGGAAGCGGUGAAGAUAGCUACUACUGCUAAUAUACACCUACAAGGUCAUCGAUUCGAGCAACAAAAGUCAAAACAACACGAUAACGUUCGACCGCAAGCUAUUUUAUUACAAACCGAACGACAAAGUGGCAAGAAAAUCGAUCAGACUGAUAAGUGUCAUUUUUGCCGCGCUCAGCCAAAUCAUAAUCUGUCCGAAUGUAAACCAUUCAAGCGGGCAUUACGUAAAGUGCGGUGGCAGUAUGUUAAACGCAAUGGAAUAUGCUUUAAAUGCCUAGAUUCACGCCAUGAGAGAGAAACAUGCCCGGCACCGGUGUGCGAUAAGGACAACUGCGGCGGGACGCAUCACAGACUUCUACACUUCGAUAACAAAAACCGUCAGGAGGUGAGCGCCGGCGAGGUCCCUGAACCCACGCCGCGAUCAGCUGAUGUACCUACACCGGAAGUAGUGAACUGUGUCACCGCAAGUAGCAACAGAGUGCUACUUAAAACUGUUCCCGUACGUAUUCGCGCAAAAAACGGCAAUGUUAUCGAAAGUAGUGCUAUGCUCGACGAUUGUUCUUCAGUGACGGUAAUAAGUGCUAAAUUAGCACAGCGCGCAGGACUAACCGGGCGGCGCGAAUCUAUGCAGGUGUGCGGUCCGUGGGAACAAAGUGACGUAACAUGUGAUAGCACGGUGGUGAAGUUGGAACUUUAUGAUAAAGACAAUAAGGUUCAUUCUAUUAGGGCGCGGAGUGUUAAUGAGUUAUGUUUACCUGAGCAAGACUUAUCUCUUGUUGAUUGUAGUAAAUAUCAAUAUUUAAAUGCAAUGCAGAGCGAAUUUAAAAAAGUUUUUACUAAGCCAGAAAUUUUAAUUGGCCAGGAUUAUUACCAUUUAAUUGUGCCAUUGAAAAUAUUGUCAGGUAAAUUAUAUGAGCCGUACGCAACACUUUCUCCUUUAGGGUGGUGUAUUCAUGGUAAAAUACGUGUGUCGGAAGCGACGCGCGGCGCGGGCGUUAGGCCGGUUCACUCCACGCUGCUGGUGGGCACGCUGACGGCGGGCAACCUGGGCGAACAGCGCGCGCUGCAGGACUUGCACGAAGAGGUACGACGCGCGUUCGAGCUGGACUCCGCAGGAGUGGCAGGUAAGCCUCGCCAGAAUAAGGACGACGUUAGGGCCGUCGAACACCUUGAGCGCACCGCUCAACUCAUUAAUGGCAGGUGGCGCGUGGGCUUACCAUGGAAGGAUCCAGACUGCUUGAUGCCUGACACUCUGCCGCAUGCUCUUAAAAGGCUAAAAGGAGUCGAGCGCAAGAUGGCCAGGGACUCUGAAUAUGCUAACAGGUAUGCCGAGCGAGUACAACAUUUAUUUGCUAAUAAUUUUGCUAGGGAACUACUGGACACUCAGCGCACGCCAAAGACAUUUCAUUUGGCUCACUUUGGCGUUGACAACCCUAAUAAAAAAAAGUUAAGGCUGGUCUUUGAUGCAGCAGAUAGUUCGGCGGGUUCGUGUUUAAACGACUAUCUGCUCAAGGGUCCGGAUCUACUGACGUCACUAUGGGGAAUCAUGCUGCGCUUUAGGGAAAAUCGUAUCGCAGUAUCCGGAGACAUAAAAGAUAUGUUUUUACGCAUCCAGAUCCACCCACAAGAUCAAGACGCCCUGAGAUUUCUUUGGCGGGACAACCCUACGGAACCCGUCAAAACGUACGUAAUGACAUCCCUAAUAUUCGGUGCAAAAUGCUCGCCGUUUGUCGCGCAGUUUAUUAAAAAUAAAAAUGCUCUGCGCCACGAGCACACCGAGCCGGCCGCUGUCGACGCGAUCUGCAACUCUCACUAUGCAGACGAUUACAUUCAGAGUUUGCCAGACGAGGAGACAGCAAUAAAAAUGGUACGUACAGUAUCAAAAAUACACGCGGAAGGCGGGUUCGUGAUUCGCAAUUGGACGAGCAACAGUACAUCUGUACUCGACAGCGUGCCAAAUGAAACUCUCGGUACUGCUGCUGUAAAGUUUAAAAUGGAUCAGCAGUUCGAGGGCGAGCGGACGCUCGGUCUCAUCUGGUUCCCGGCCACGGACGAGUUGGGGUUCGACGUAUCUCUAAAACGUAUUCCUGAGCAGAUUGUUUUAGGCCACCAAAGGCCUACUAAAAGGAUUAUGUUAAAAGUAGUCAUGUCUAUUUUUGAUGUAUUUGGAUUUUUGGCGCCUUUUACCAUACAGGGUAAAAUCAUGCUCCAGGAUACGUGGCGAUCGGCCACCGGCUGGGAUGAAGAAAUUCCCGACGAUAUUUACACUAGGUGGGUAAAGUGGCUCGAUUUAUUACAAUUAAUAGGUCGCAUUCGCAUACCUAGAUGGUAUCAGAAAGCAUCCAUAGGUGCGAGCGAGACGGAGCGAGGCUCACUCGCUGCGAACAAUACCAGUGCUACGACGAGCGCUACGGCUGCUACGCCUCCCGCUACGCCGCACUCGAGCGGCCGAUUGGCCGACAGCGUGCUGCGCGAACAUAAGGUAACUACAGCGCAACGGUACUUCUGGUGCGACUCGGCGUGUGUUUUGCAUUGGCUCCGGAAUGAUACUCGCAGCUACAAUAUAUUCAUCGCAAACCGGCUGGGCGAAAUAGACGAGUUGUCGCGCGUUAAUGAAUGGCGUUACAUACCUACGAAGUUAAACAUCGCUGAUGUAGCUACAAGAGAGGUUUACGAUGACUCCAUAUUUAAGAACGAGUGGCUUUAUGGUCCGGAGUUUCUUCACGCCGACGAAUCGCACUGGCCGAGUGAUACAGGGAGCCCUGAAAUAAAUGAACUUACUUUAGAGUAUAUUAAUAUAGUUCAUAGAGAAAGUGAUUACUUACCUGUGCCGGACGCUACGCGAUUCUCUUCAUGGCUGCGCUUGCAGAGGGCGACGGCAGCUGUUUUAAAAUUUAUUGAGAGAUGCAAACAUCGUUCUGCGGACAUAGACUGCGCGCUGAUGGUGCGAGCUGAGCAACUGCUGAUAAAACAAGCGCAGCACGAGUCAUUCGGUGACGACAUAGCCGCCAUAAAGAAUGGCAACGUUUUGGGCCGCAGCAGUAAACUCCGUCAUUUAUCGCCGUUUUUAGAUGAAAAUGGACUUCUCCGAUGCAGUGGCCGUAUAGAUGCCGCAACAGAUGUUGCGCUGGAAACAAAGAGGCCUAUUAUAUUGGACGGCAAGCAUGCGGUGUCUAGACUGCUGGUCAGAAGUUAUCACGAGAAGUACGCGCAUGGCAACCACGAGGGAGUCGUGAAUGAUCUGAAACAAAAGUACUGGCUAUUUAAAUUACGCCCGACAGUGAAAUCUGUAGUAGCCGGUUGUAUGUUUUGUCGCAUUAAGAAGGCAAAACCUGAGGUACCUAGAAUGGGUAACUUACCGGAGGCACGCCUUGCGCAUCACCAGCGUCCCUUCACGUACUGUGGCCUUGACCUGUUCGGGCCGAUGGAGGUGACAGUCGGGAGACGCCACGAACUGAGAUAUGGCGUACUGUUCACUUGUCUCACGCUGCGGGCGAUACACCUGGAACUGGUUCAUUCACUUACCUCGGACUCGCUGAUCAUGGCUCUUCGGCGUAUGGCGGCGAGACGUGGCUGGCCUAAGUACCUAUUCUCUGACAAUGGGACAAACUUACGCGGCGCUGACACGGAGUUAAAAAGAUCACUGCAGGAACUGGAUGUAGAGGACCUGAAAAACAAAGGUGUUAAUUGCGGAGUACAAUGGACUUUUAUUCCCCCCGCCAGCCCCCAUUGGGGUGGGGCGUGGGAACGUCUGAUUAGGAGUGUGAAGACAUCGUUGAAGGUAAUCCUGAAGGAGCGCGCCCCUAGAGACGAGGUACUUUCUACCUUGAUGACGGAGGUGGAGAACAUGGUGAACGGGCGUCCGCUAACCCAUGUGUCCGUUGAGCGUCAAACUUACCUGUCGUGGGGAACUUCGAUGACUCCGAUCUCUUCUCUCGAAAGCAGUGGCGUAAAUCUCAGAGACUUGCCGACAUGUACUGGACACGAUCCCGCUGCGCAGAGGAACGUGUGGAUGAAAGGCGUUAUCCAGCAAGCCUACCCUGGCAGAGACGGUCGCAUAAGGGUGGUCGAGGUAAAAACUAAGUCUGGAACCCUGAAACGUUCUGCUUCGCGCGUCGCUCGUAUUCCAGUAGGUAUCGAGUGCUGA